GUUGGGCGUCUGUUGCGGUCCCAGGAAUACGGGAGCGCACUUGUGCGAGCCAGUGUCAGAUUGUUCUUCUCGCUCAGCCGCGAACUGGAGCUCGAGCAGGAGGGAAGAGCACAGCAAAGUCCACUUGGGCGCCGAAGCUGGGUGGCCGCUAGCUGGAUGACAUGCUUGGGCGGCUCGUCACGUUAUGUGGUAGCCGGUACCCCUCGCGGGUCUGGCGCGGUACCGACGCGAUGCUGCCGCUGGCCGCGCAGACGCGAGUACCAAGACGCCCAGCGCAGAUGGCGACGCCAGGUAUUGCGUACUUUGCAACUGAGACACGCACACAGACUGGCCGGCGAGGUUCCAGCCGGGGCACGUCGCCUUUGAUGCCCAUUCCAACAAAGUCCAAGCCUCGCCCACGCCUCAAGACGUCAAGCAGUGUCCUCUGCCUGCUGGAGAACCAUGGGAAAAAGAGGGGAGACAGCAACAAAAGUACAGGCACAGACGACAUCUGGGGCACAGUGGUACGACGCUGGCGUGUCUCUUUCUCUUCUCGUCCUUGAAUCAAAUUUUCAGCCUCUCCGCUAUGGACAUCAACAUGACGAUGUGCAAGUGGACAAAGCUGUCCAGGGUCGUCGCCGGCCAUGUCUGCUUUCGUCCAGCUGCUGCCGCCUGACCCUGGGCCGUCCACUUUUUCGCCCUCCCUCCACCGCCCGCCGCCGUCGCAUCGAGACUCGUUGGAAGAGAGAAGAUGCGCAUGAUGAUGGGGACGACAAAGUGAGCUCACAUGCUCCAGAGACAGCACCGCACCGCAACACGGAGCCGAGAACGAGGAGGAUACCUCCAAGUACAGGCAUAUGCCAAGAUGGAAGAGGAAGCAGAAAAAGCCUCGGUCCUUGGGCUUUGAUGACUGUUUCAGCCACCUCAGCCGGGGUUCGCCAUUCAGAUUGCUGUUGACCAAAUCCUAUGACGUCUGCGAGUGGGAACUGGACCUCUUCCCAUAGUUGCGAUUCUGCGGGUUCACCUUGUUCU